AGUUCAGUGACUUGACAGCCGCCGAGCGGGGAAGACGUGUGUGUGAUCAGUGACACAGUGUUACGUGCUGGAUGAUUAUUUUACGGAGAUUUUUGUGUUUGUGGACACGGAUCUUUUAACGUUUGGAUUGCAUUUUGGAUGGUGGAUUCGCGCGGACAGUGGAACCUGCCAAAUGUGUUCAAAUGAAAAACUGCCUUCCAUCUUUUACAAGUAUAUUAGAUUUAUAAGUAAUGGUGUGGAAAUACUGACCUUGGCGAAUGUAUGAUUACUCAGCUUCAGUAUACGGGAGAAGCGCGUGCGCAGUGGGUGUAGGUGCGGCACGCAGCCUCUAUGCCGCAUCGACGCAGGUUCGACAUACAUCGGGACGUCGCCAGGUCGCUGUUGAAGAGAAGUGAUUUAUUGGGGGUGAGGUAACCUGGCUGAACUGACGAGCCAACGCGAAUACCGUCAUGUGUUCCUCUGAGUACCUAAGCGUCACAUAAUAAUAUACAUCGAAUAAUGUACGUUCCGUCCAAACACUGCCAAACUUUAAAAACGAAUUUAUUAGAGUGUAGUUUAAGUUGUUGAUCGCGAGCGCGUGUGUUGUGUUAGUGUAAGAGCGCCAUCUGGCGUGAUCGAGACGCGCAAGGUGGCGGGGACGCAUGCGCCGUCGGUGCCGGCGUUGGCGAUGCCAUUUAUUGAAGACGAAUGGUGGUCAGCCGAGAAUGAGGGCAGGAUGGUCGAUCUCUCCAAUUGCCUGCAGGACGCGGUAGCCGCGAGUGGACACAGUGCGACUCAGCUGCAACUGCAAAUGGCGACAUCUCUCGGCGAGUUAUCACAAGCAGAGCUGUCUAACUUCGUGGGCGGUCUUACCCUGGAGGCGGACGGCUCCGAAGCUGCAGACCCAGAUGACAUUCUUAAGCAACUGGGAGAAACCGCUUUUGAUAAUUUCGAUACAUUUUUUACUGAUUUGACCAAUUCCACUGCAUCUUCUGCGCCUCCCAUUGAAAUAAAGCAAGAAGAAAAUAACAACAUAUCGCCACCCUCGGGGAGCCAGCUGCAAGGUUCAUACUAUCAACAAAAUAAUCAACUAUCUCUGCCUAAUAAUGGACAACAACGCUUGCAACAAUUAUUGAGAUCGGGCACUAGCGCUAUUAACCAUGCAGUGGCGAAUAAUAUUAAUAAUGGACGGUACAAUAUUGCUUCUGCAAAUCCGUUGCUCGCUGAGAAAUUAGCAGCGACAUCUAGUGGUAUAAAGCAAGAACCGAUGAGUUCUGAUUAUAAUGGAACGAGUAUGAACUAUGGAAACGCGUCUCCAAUGCAACGAGUGCCGAGUGGGAAACCUCAAGUACAUGAUGCUGGUGGAGGAAAAGUGGACGGAGAGCCGACAGCUCUCUCUCUGGGUGCGCGUGGGUCUCUCGGCCGGGCUCUCUUGCACGGCCUGCUUGCGCCCGCUCCGGCGCCCCGACACCAUUUAUAUACUGCGCCUAAUACAGGUUCCCUGCCCCCCUCACCAGCCGACAGUGGCGUGUCGGAUGUGGAAUCUUCAUCAUCAGGCGCCGGCUCUGCGGAGGAGCUUAAAGCGCGGCUGCAACCGCCGCCCCCAGCACCCUUCCACACGCCUUUCCUGCCCUUCUACCAGCAGCAUCAGAUCGCCACCUCCUUGCAGCACCACGUCGCUGCCCAUCCAAGGCCAACCGUUGGCACGGUGGGUGACCGUGACGCGUACGGCUACGGGUACAGCGGCGGAGGCGGGCACCACUUUGCCGCGCCUGCGCCGCCGCCCCUCCCGCACGACGACCUGCCCUACCCGGUAUUCGAUUUCGGCGACUACCAGCGGCACCAUCACCAUAACAAACUCAAACCCAAGAAGAGGCCGCGCACGGACGCGCCGCCCACACCCGGCGUCAAGCGCAAGAGCCGAGAGGGCUCCACCACCUACCUGUGGGAAUUCCUUCUCAAGCUGCUGCAGGAUCGGGAGUACUGUCCGCGCUACAUCAAGUGGACGAACCGCGAGAAGGGAGUGUUCAAGCUAGUGGACUCGAAGGCGGUGUCGCGGCUGUGGGGCCUGCACAAGAACAAGCCGGACAUGAACUACGAGACGAUGGGGCGGGCGCUGCGCUACUACUACCAGCGCGGCAUCCUGGCCAAGGUGGACGGCCAGCGCCUCGUGUACCAGUUCGUGGACGUGCCCAAGGACAUCGUGGAGAUCGACUGCUCGCUGGCGUAGAGCGGCGCGUGUCGGACUUUCUCUCAUACGUAACUGUUCGUAGAGUCGUUAUUCGUUUCGCCCUUUCGUACGUUUUUCACUAACUACUUAAAUAGUAAAUAUCGUCUAUUUUUCAAGUCAUCAUGCAUUACGUUCUUUCCGAUCGCUUCUAAUAAUGUUCUUAAGAUAAAUAUUAUUAUUCUCAAAUUGAACUAAUAUAAUGUUUAUUAUUGAAUUAAAUAUUUAUACAGAAUGGGAGAGACGAAAUUGAUUGCUCAAAUGUUUAUAUAUACCUAUUUUUAGGGAAUUUCAGAAAGGAACACUAAACUUUGCUAGAUGUUAUAUGGUAUGGAGUGACUUUUGUAUAAUGUUAAAACGAAUUUUUAAAGUUUGUAACGUUUCUACUGAUAUUGUAACGCGGGUGCGCCGGCGCCGCCCGAACAGAACUUCCUACCUCAAAACUACGCAAAAAUAAUAUUACAUAUUAUGAAUAUACAAUUUAUUCGAAAAACAGUUUUUACAAUAUGCAAUAAGUAAUAUUAUAGUCUAAAUAAGAGUUUAUAUUAAAGAAAUAUUUACGUAAUGAAAAUGUUUAUAUUAUAAUUAUGAAAAUAUCGUGUAUCGCCCUCAGAUGAAAUACAACCUCUUUGGUGCUUUUUACGGCCAUUCGCAUAUUUACACCUUGUUGAAACUGACGACCUCAAUGAUAUUUAUAUAUAUUAUACUUAUUUAAUUAUAUUUAUCUACCAAUUGUCUAGCUACAUUGUUCCUUUGUUGUGACCGAGCCAGUGCGCCCGCAGGGGAUGAAAAUAAAAAAACUAAAGAAAUCUCCAGAGACCGCGAUCUUUCUCUUUAGAUAAAAUUAUAUUUACUAUUUGAUUAUAAAUGUCCCUUUUAAAGUACAAUUUAGCUGAAUUUUAUAUAAAAUGCGUCCCCUAAAGGUGUACAUUGGUCGUCGAUCUCUGAAUUCUAUCUUGUUCUUAAUGUAUCCUUUCGUUUACGAUUGAAACCGAAUUUUCAAUUGAUAUUAUUAGGGUUCUUGUUCGUGGAAUAACAAUUCUACCUAGAGUACUGAAACCAACUGCCAACUUUCUGUUAGAGAACUUUAUAUUUAAGAUGUAAUUCUUGUGAGUUAAUUGUGUUAAUUAAAAAUAGAUGUUUACUAUAAGUGAGCUGUUUUAAGUGAACACGUUCUAGUUUAUUUCGUUUAUUUAAAUUUACUAUAAGCCUGUUGCAGGGGUCCCGGGCUGCCAUUCAUUUGACAUAUCAAAAUGUAUAGUAUUCGUAUAUAUGUUUAUAACAAAAAUAUAUUUUAUCAGCAUAUCAGAUGAGUUCGAUAUAAAAUCGUUAAAAAUCUAUUGUGAUAUAAUAUUUCGCAGCAGCGCGGGACUCCUAUUUUUUGUUACCUGAAUAAAUAUUAUUAAUAAUUAAUUACGAUUUGUGGUCCAAUGUUAAUGAAUCAUGAUACUUUUAACUAGAUAGUCGAUUAAAGGAUCAGGUUUAAACGUAGCCUAGUUCACGUUGAGUUUGUAAUUCAUAAAUACAAAGACAAAUCAAGAUUUGUAUAUGUUCACUGUUAUUAUGAACUGGUGUAUACUGAAUAUGAUUUCCUGACGACUAGGGAGGAAUCGCGCGACGAGGUGCGCGUCCAAGAGCGGCGGCGGCGCGGCGCGCAGUCCUCGCCGCGUGAAACUCUGAUUCCCGAAUGUUACGCAAUAUUUUUAUAUUCAAAUUACAUUAUAUCAAUUUAUUAGCGAGUAAGGCUCUAUUAUAUAUCGUACCGUUGACGCGAAGGACUGCGCGCCGUUUCGCCUUUUAAUCGAAAAGGGUUAGUGAAGCCUUAAGAGAAUCGAAAUGUCAAGUAAAUGGGUGCUAAGUGUGGGACCGGCGGAAUAGCGCAACGCGAAAAUAACCGACGGACCGACCGGACCGACCGGACCGACCGGACCGACCGGAGCACGGCUUAUAUACUAGAGAUUUAUGUAUCAAAUGCAAUGUCGAGUACACGCCCAGUGUUGUGUUUCGAACUCGGAGUGAGUGAACGAUCUCAGUGUCCAAACUUCUACGAUCAAAUCCAGUGGCCGUUCCAUGUGAUUUAAAGUUUAACAUAUGAUAGAGGAGUUUUAAUCGUAUUUUUAUAUAGGUAGGAGAAAUUCUCAAAGUUCUUUCUUUCGAAAUCUAUUUCUCGCUUUUGUAAAUAUUACUUUAAGUUUUAACUUAUUUAUUUCGUCUUGUGAAAGUAUAACGUUUGCCGGAUCCGCGCGUCCGACCCCUUAUUAGAACUUCAUUGAAGAUUUAUUCAAAUAUUUAAAAUUAGUUAAAUUAUUGCCUCUUACAAAUGUCUCACGAGUUUGAUGAAUUGGUUCUUAUACAACUGAGUCGAUGGCGCGGAUUUCGUGACCGUAAAAUACUUUUUCCUUUUUUAGGAAAUUUCGUUCUAUAGGUUACAAAUUUUAUUGUAAUAUACAUAACUAUAAAUGAAUAAUAGUAGUAAUGAGUGGACCACGGGAUGGCAGGGGAGAGCUCUCAGAAUUUAUAAUUCGGCUAGUGUGAAAUGUAUAAGAGUUACCGGUUAGUAGGCAAAAUGUUUGAGCGAACAUUUAAAAAGACGCUCGACAGAUUUAAAAUAAUUUUAGUCGAAUUGAUGUUGUUAAAAAAUCAAAGUUUCUAAUUAAUGUACUUAAAAUUUCAAUGUAAAUUUUAACAGCACCUUGUGGAAAUUAUUGUUAAAAAUAUUUUAAUUGAGCCUAGUCUUAGUCUUAUUAUAAAAUUCGUUUUAAAUAAUUUCGGACGCCAUAUUGGUACGAGGCGUCCUUUAGGCCUCGAUGGCCAACUGUGUAUUGCACGUAAAAAUUGUAAAUAAAUUAAAAAUAAUCCAAACGCACACCCUCGCGACCCAUGUACGAAUUGUCAAUGGCGUCGGUAGAUAGGUAAAAUAUGAAAAUAUUUUGCGCGAAAGCAAUGAGAAGGUUAGUGAAUUUGGUAAUAGGGAGAGGGGUGUACGCUGACGAAACACGUUUUGUCUACUAUUUCAAUGUAUUCUUAUUCACUAGUUAAUGUCCAAUAAUUGAAUACGUAAUUGGUGAAUGCGUGUGGAUUCUUUCAUUAUUUUACGCGUAAGCAGUUAUCAUCGCAUCAAAAUUAAGCUUCAGCUAUUCGACGCUAGAAGUCGCAGUUUAUAAUUUUUUUUAAACGUUUUAGUUCUGAGAGUCAUGAGCGGUAGUGAUUUAUGUUACACUUGCUUUUAGAUUUAUACAGAUAAAGUCCGAUUAUUUUUAAUUAUAAUUUAAGUUCGUUAAUUUAACAAAAUACUGUAUUUUCUGCCCCCUAGUUAAGUUAUUUUUCUAUGUAUAGCUAGUUAUAAGUGUAAAUGAUUUAGCAUAUACAUUUGAUGCAUGAUGAUAAUGUUAAUAAAAUAUCCACAAUAAAAUACAAA